GAGUGGCUGGAAGGGAAAACAGCCAGUGGGUGGGCUGGGCUGUGGUCCUCUCCCUCGGCGUGAACCAAAAAUCACAUCAACUACUUGAGAGAAACUGCGAAUAUACACACGCCAGAGAAUGAGUUAGACACCGUGCUACGUUUGUGCCAGUGCACUGAAACAUGGGUCACUGCAGUGUCCAAGUCCUUCUGCUGCUCUUGCUGCAGGCCCUACAGACUUUGGCUGAGGGCACAGAUGGACAGUUGGUGUGUCUGUGUGACAGCCCUAAAUGCCCCCAGGCCACAUGCAACGGCGCCAGCUGCUUCUCCUCUGUCAAAGCGGGCAGCGGUGGGAUGGUGUUCGAGCGGGGCUGCCUGGAGGUGCCGGAGAAAAUCCGUCUGCACUGUUCCACAGCUCCUUCCCUCCACCAGGCCAUUCUCUGCUGUGCGGAGGACAUGUGUAACAGCAACACCAGCAGGAUCUCGCUAAUGUCUCUGCUUCCAUCAGUCCCAGAGGGUGAGCCGGUGCGGUAUCGUGUGGAGACGUUGGCACUCUUUGUGCUUGGUCCAGUGGUGGUCCUGGCUCUGCUGUCUGUAGUAGCAGUGCUGGCCUGCAGGAGGCUCCACCACGGUCGUCUGCAGAGGCUGCAGGAGUUUGACACCGAGCAGGGAGCCAUAGACGGUCUCAUCAGCUCCAACGUGGGAGACAGCACUUUAGCGGACCUGUUGGACCACUCGUGUACGUCAGGCAGUGGCUCUGGUCUUCCUUUCCUUGUCCAGAGAACUGUGGCCAGGCAGAUCAGUCUGGUGGAGUGUGUUGGUAAGGGAAGGUAUGGAGAGGUGUGGCGGGGUCAGUGGCAGGGUGAGAACGUGGCUGUUAAAAUCUUCUCUUCAAGAGAUGAAAAGUCCUGGUUCCGAGAGACAGAAAUCUAUAACACAGUGCUGCUCAGACAUGAAAACAUACUGGGCUUCAUGGCGUCUGACAUGACUUCUCGAAACUCCAGCACCCAGCUGUGGCUCAUCACCCACUACCAUGAAAACGGUUCGCUGUAUGACUACCUGCAGCGGGUUGCCGUGGAGACGUCAGAGGGCCUGGCCAUGGCAGCAUCGAUAGCGUUCGGUUUGGUGCACCUUCACACAGAGAUCUUUGGCACUGAGGGGAAACCGGCCAUCGCACACCGGGACCUCAAGAGCAAGAACAUCCUGGUGACUAAAGACCUGCGCUGCUGCAUUGCAGACCUGGGGCUGGCUGUAACCCACUCCCAGGCAAACAACACGCUGGAUGUGGGUAACAAUCCAAAGGUGGGCACCAAGCGCUACAUGGCGCCCGAAGUGCUGGACGAGACCAUUCAAACAGACUGCUUUGAUGCCUAUAAAAGAGUGGAUAUCUGGGCUUUUGGGCUGGUGCUGUGGGAGAUAGCAAGACGCACAUACAGCAAUGGUAUUGUAGAGGAGUACAAGCCUCCCUUCUACGAUCAGGUGCCAAACGACCCCAGCUUUGAAGACAUGAGGAAGGUGGUGUGUGUGGAGCAGCAGAGGCCCUUCAUUCCCAAUCGCUGGUUCUCUGAUCCUACUUUAUCUGCUCUGGUGAAGCUGAUGAAGGAGUGUUGGUACCAGAACCCCUCUGCCAGGCUGACAGCACUACGCAUCAAGAAGACCCUGGACAAGAUUCACAGCUCUUUGGAGAAGGGCAAGGAGUCAUGAGAAGGAGACAGGAUUUUGAGGCGGCCACCUGAUGUCAGGAAUAGGCUUGGAGAAGAGCCCAAAGUCAUGUGAAUGACAAGGGCUGACAGGGGGGACUGGACAGAGGACAAGAGGAAAGAGUUGUUCCAAGUGUCAUCCAACCUCGUCCUUCUCCUACUCUCGCUUUUUUCUCCUUUCUCUUCGGUUGCCUUCCACCGCCAUCCCCCUCUUUCUGACUUGAACCCCGUACAGAUGUUUUGAACUGUCCUAUCUGAAGAAGCCAGCUGUUGCUAUGGGACAUAAACCAAUUGCCACUGUGUCCGCACUGAUCUGAACUGUGGACUGUUACUGAGUGUGAAGAACAUGUAUGGCACAUUGUAUUACCCAUCCUAAUGCUUUAAUGCCCAUAUGGGACUUCUCUGGAUUAGGCCUUCUUACAUACAUACACACACACACACACGCGCGCAGAAACAAAACACUACAUGCUGAGUGUCUCCUACCCAUUUCUUAUUUGUUGACCUUCAGACAGUUUUUUUUUUUUGGCAUGCGGCUGUGGUAUUCUGCUCAGAGACAAUCAAAUGUAUUUCACUCAUUUAGCUAUAUUAGAGCAAGCCAACUAUUGCCACACAUACAUAGACCCACACAUACACACAAAUGUGUUCAGUUACAAAGGAAAAGAGCCAAUAGAAUCAAACAAAAUUUGUUUUUAAACCCUUAGUAUGAUAUUUAUGUAUUAAAUCUCCACUGUAUUAAAGUACCACACUACUGAGGAUAUGUAAGACUGAUGUAUGACGGUGCGUGAAACUGACUGUAUUCAUAUAUAGGCAUUUACUGUACAUGGACUUUCUGUACCCAUAUUGUCAUAACUGGAGCUAGUAGGAAAUGCUUUGUUGAAAAGUAGUGGAAAAAAUAGGAACAUUUUCCCGCUGAGCCUGUACACUAUAUGGAAAUAAGUUUUAUGUUAAAUGGAGGAAAAUAUCACAGAUUAUAUCUCUGUUUACCUGGUUGGUCCCUGGGAUAGACACACCUGCCAAUAGGAAUUAGACUGAUUGUAUCUUAUAAGAGUAUGAACACAUUAAUGAAAUUAAUUGAAGGUUGACUCACAUCCUCUUCCUGGCAUUUUUAGAGUCUCUGUGGCUUGUCAGAAUGCUCUUUUUACAAGGAAAAGAGGUCAUGGAAAGUCUUGUUUAUGAAAGUCAGUAUUGUAUUAGCUGUUGGGGUUGCACCAUUUUUCUGUAGAGUCGAGCCUCCAUCUGCUCCUGUUGUCUCCAAUCAUUGCUACACACUACAAGUUGCCUGACUUUAUACAUAUAUAUAUAAAUAUAUAUAUGAAAAAAAGAAACACUCCAUCUUUGUUGUUGUUGGAAACCCUGUUUUAUUAAAGAUUCAUUUUAAAUGGACAGAAUUGCCUAAGUGUAGGUUUCUGGGAGAAUUUGUUCACAAGAAAUGCUGGUUUUGUUUGAGAAAAAAUGUUGCUAUGUCUUUUUUAUAUGUAAUAAAACAUUUACUGCACUCUUG